ACUUCUAGCCAAGCUCAAAGUCAGGAAAAGAGGGUGUGGGCUUCUGGGCUGUCCUGCUCAGCAGCUAGAAUGUAGUUGGCAGUCUCCUCCCCUUCCGCACUUCAGCUCUUCACCGUGUGCACUCUGGAAUGAUAGGCAUUUCUGUGUGGAGAGAGCCAGCAUGAAGACAUAUUUGUAAGAACCACAAGUGCCCAGGCCGGGAUACAGGAAAACAAAAACUCCAGCAAAUUAACUGACCUUAUGCCGUUUCCUGACAUUUGGCGGUGACAGUGAGAAAGGAUUUCGGGUCUCCUCUUUAUAUGGAUUUAUCUUUUAAGAGAAGUUUGCUUCUGUCCGGGACAGUUUGUUGUCGUGAGAUACAUCAGACAAUAUAAUCAUGGGGCAAGCUGAUGUCUCCAGACCGGUAAAUCCGGAUACAGUUGACUUCUCCAGAGAAUCCUGGGACAGUAGAAGAAGCAGACCAGCACACUUCAGACCCAGGCAUGAUCAUGGACAGUGUGGAAGCAGGUGACACAACGCCUCCCACCAAGAGAAAAAGCAAGUUCUCAGGCUUUGGCAAGAUCUUCAAACCCUGGAAAUGGAGGAAAAAAAAAAGUAGUGACAAAUUUAAAGAGACAUCAGAAGCUUUAGAGCGGAAAAUAUCUAUGCGAAAACCAAGAGAAGAGCUGGUUAAAAGAGGAGUUUUGUUAGAAGACCCUGAGCAGGGUGGUGAGGAUCCAGGAAAGUUAAGUCAUGCUGUAUUAAAGAAUGGCCACACUACUCCCUUAGGGAAUGCCAGAUCUUCUAGUCCAGUCAUAGUAGAGGAAGAGCCAGUAAGAAUAGCAAGUUUUAGGAAUCCUAUUCCAGAAGAGGACUCAAAGAAGCAACUAGAUCAAGUCUUUUAUUACCCAGACUCAACUGGAAGCCAGUCUAAUUCUGAAGCAGAGCCUCUUCCUGAGAAUGUACCCAAACAGCCUCUGUUACCCCCAAAAAGACCCUUGUCCUCUUCUCAUGAAGCAAGUGAAGGACAAACAAAGGAUGUUACUUCUGGCAGCGCAACAAGGUCCAUCUCCUCCAGCUGUGUGUCCUCUACCACCAUAGCACCUGCUGCCACAAACCUAACAAAGACUGUUAACUCCUUCGUCACCCCUUCCCCAGCACCCAGGACUCUGCCUGCUGCUCCUGCCAGCACUAACACUACUGCUGCCCCAAACCUUACUCAUAUCAUCCCUGCCAAGCAGCCCCCUGUUCCUCCCCCUAAGCCAGCUCACAGAAAUAGCAACCCUAUUAUUGCUGAACUGUCCCAAGCAAUAAACAGUGGUACAUUGUUAUCAAAACCAUCCCCACCCUUACCACCCAAAAGAGGCAUUCCAACAACCUCAGUACCCACCUCGGAGUCUGCUGCUGCCUUCACCACAAAAACACCAAGUGAUCAAAAAGAGAAGGGCACCUGCUCUGGGAGUUCCAAGCUACUGCUGACAAUCCCUCCUUCCCUAUCCCCACCACUGCCUACUCAUAUACCUCCGGAGCCUCCAGGGUCCCCUCCAUUUCCUGCUAAGACUUUGCAAGUUGUUCCAGAAGUUGAGUUUCUACCUUCCUUAGAUCUGCCCCAGGAGGUUCCUCAUCAGGAUGAUCAGAAAAAGGAAGUCCCCAAGAGGAUUCUGGACCAGAGCUUUGGGGAGCCCCACAUACCCUCUAGGCUACCCCCACUCCCACUACAUGUUCGAAUUCAGCAAGCCCUGACCAGCCCCCUUCCCAUGACUCCUCCCUUGGGGGGCUCUCAUAGAGCUCAUUCGUUGCUCUUUGAAAAUACUGACAACUUUUAUGAGGACAGCAGUACCCUGGGUCGGACCAGAUCACUUCCCGUCACUAUUGAAAUGCUGAAAGUUCCAGACGAUGAAGAAGAGGAACAAACCUGCCCAUUGCCAUUUGUUGAAGACAUGACAUCUACCUCAGUCAUUCCUAAACUACCACAGUGUCUACAGGAAGAACAGGAAGAAAAGGAGAGUGACUCAGAUUCAGAGGGUCCCAUUCAGUACCGAGAUGAAGAGGACGAAGAUGAAAGCCAUCAAAGUACCCUGGCCAACAAAGUGAAAAGGAAAGACACACUGGCAAUGAAGUUGAACCACAAGCCCAGUGAUCCAGAGUCAAACUUGAAUUCUUGGCCUCAUAAAAGCAAGGAGGAAUGGAACGAAAUACGGCACCAGAUUGGGAACACACUGAUCCGGCGACUGAGUCAAAGACCCACACCAGAAGAACUGGAACAGCGCAACAUACUACAACCUAAAAAUGAAGCUGAUCGACAGGCAGAAAAACGAGAGAUUAAACGUCGGCUUACUAGAAAGCUUAGUCAAAGGCCAACUGUGGCUGAACUCCUUGCCAGGAAGAUUCUGAGAUUUAAUGAAUAUGUGGAGGUAACAGAUGCUCAAGAUUAUGACCGGCGAGCUGAUAAACCUUGGACCAAACUGACCCCUGCUGACAAGGCUGCCAUAAGAAAAGAAUUAAAUGAAUUUAAAAGUUCAGAGAUGGAGGUUCAUGAAGACAGCAAACAUUUCACACGCUAUCAUCGUCCAUGAUCAUGAAGUUUGAGAAGAACUAAACGACUCCCCCCAAAAUAACAGGGUUGCUUUGCAGCUUGUCUCUGGAGUGACAUACGGAGGGAGCUUCAGCACUUUCCAGCACUGCCAGAAUUCUAUCCUCUGGGACCUGGUUCUGGAGUAAACAGCACUCCUACUAAUGUAGCUUUUCACUGGAAUGGAUUUUCAUGUGGUGCCCAUGGGGCAGAGCCGUGUACUCUAUCAGUGCUUUUGAACUUUUCAUUGCAGCAUACUUGAGGGAUUUUCCCUCACAGCCACCAAAGUUCUGGGCCACUUGCAAGUUCCAAGUUUUAUUGGCUGCACCACACCUCUGCCCCACAAUGACUGCCUGUGCUGAGGCACAGUUUGCACCAUUAUCCUUACCUGCCCUUCUGUGAUCAUGAGACCCACUUUUGUAGGCACUAAAUUCCUGCUAUCAAACCCAGUUGGUGGUAGGGAAAACCCUGUGGAGACCUCAGCCUUUUGGUAAAGUGGUGCCCGCUUCCAGAGGAAGCCUUUGUACCAUACUGGCCCGUCACUUGAAAGCAUUGCACUAAACCUCUUGUGACGCAGCAAUAUGGUCUUCUUCUGCACUCAGCCUGAGAGGAACCUCAGGGUCUGACUUGUUCCUCCUUUUUUGGCACUUGUCAUCCCAAUUUUUAUUUUAAAGUGAUUUUGAAAAUUACUGGGAAUUUACACUUUUUCUUUAUGCUAGACAGUCUGAUCUGCAACUAGAAUGCAGGUUGAUCACAUGAGAAAGUAUAUAUGUUUUCUAUAUACAAAGAUAAAAAAAAGGCCUGUGUAUUAAUGCCAACUUGGCAGAAAACUGACCUGUGGCUUAUCCUGUAAAGGCUGUUUUAUUUUUAUGGUACCAAAUGAUACUGUAAAUCACUUCAACCAAUAGAUAUAUUCUCCCUGGUAAGCAGAGUUGUGUGCACUCUGUGGAGCACUUGUGUGCAGUUAGCUUCACACUUCCAGCCGGAAUCAUAGCAAGGUCCUAAAGGGAAUGAGGUGCUGACUAUGAGAAGGUGUGUGGAGAAGUACAAAGGAGAGGCACAGUCAUGCUCUGUGCUCCUCACGUCUCAGUGCUGUUUGCUGUCUCCUGCUGCACAUUCCUUCUUCACUUCAGCACUGUCCUCCCUUGACUCUCUGGCAGCUUCCACCUCACUCACCUUUCCUUUUCUACACUGUAGCAGUGUGGUUAGUGCCUAGGCGUUGACUCAGCCCUCACCCCAUUUUGUAUUUGUAAUACAUAUUAGUAUAGUUUUCUAAAACAGGUUUGCUCACUUCCCUUGAAUUUUCAUUGAAAACCAAACAGCCUCACUAUUUGCUUCUUAAUUCCUGUCCACACUGUAAGUGGAAAAGAAAAAGUUUCUACUUAACUAAUGAAUGUGGCUUUUUUUUAACUUUAAUGUAUAGAAAAUUGUGGCUGUUUCAUAAAUUUCUUCUGAAUUAUUUUGUAGUCUCUGUCAUUUGUUCACUAUGUAAUCUUUCAGCAGAUUUAUCUUCAUGUCCACAUCACAGUUGCCAAAGAAUCAGAAUAUCAGGUCAGCCAGGUGUGGUGGUGCCACACCUGUAAUCCUAGCACUCAGGAGUCUGAGGCAGGAGGAUCACCACAAGUUCCAGCACAGUGAGACCUUGUCUUAAAAAAAAAAAUCAGGGUCGGGGAUCUAGCUCAGUAGUUUCGUCACCUGCUGCGCAAGCGCAAGGACCUGAGUUCAAUCCCCCAUACCAGAAAAAAAAAAAUCAGUUUUUUGUGGGGGAGGGCUGGAUUUCUUAGUUACUUUCAAAUGUAAUGGCUAUGGAAACAAUACUGGAUCCACAUAUGCUUGAAACUUAUUAACGCUUGAAUACCUGGGAAAGAUCAAGAAGGACUCAGCCCGAGGUUUGGAUAUACGGUGGCCACACAUUAACCGCUAACUUGGUUUCUCAUCAUUCCAUCUGAUGGUUUGGAGACUGGCUUAUGUCCACAUUCUCUGUGGCUGGAGAUGACAUUCCAAACUCUUUUUUCAUUGUCUCUUUCCCUUAAUGUGCCAAGCUUGAAUUUUCUAAGCUACUUGUCUGCCUUCUCUGUGCCAUCCAGGAGUCUGGUUCAUCUUUCAUCUCAUGUUCUUUUGAAACAAGAUAUUGGGGGGUAAAGUUCAUUCAGUUGUUUGUUUUGUUUUUAUGUAUAUAAAAAUGGAUGUUUUUGUUCCCUUUCUGUUUAAAUUGGAAGCUCACAAUCAUGUAAAAAAAAUAAAAGCCUGGUAUAUUAUACUUCAGGAUGCCUCCCUGGUGUACAGAAUCUCCUUGUAAAAUAAAUAAUUGCAUUGUAUAUCAGUCUUCCCAUUAAAAUUAAUAAAGUAUUUUAGAGUUCAAAAUA